AUGGCCCUGCAGCAAACAGGUAGCAGGAAGCGGAAAGCGCCCGCGCUCCAGGAGGCCGCCGCGGGCUCGUCGUCUCAGGGCUCCGCGGGGGUGGACGGGGACGGACCGCUGCCGCUCAAGAAGCCCAAGCGGCCGGCGGUGCAGCGCUCGCUGGUGAACUACCUGAAGGGGCGCGAGGUGGGCGCGCGGGGCGGCGCCGGGUUCCCGGGCUUCGAUAGCGAGCUGCGUGGCUUCGCGGUGCGGAAGCUGCCAGAGCUGCUGCGGGAGCGCGAGCUGUCCUUGGGCACCCUCAACAAGGUGUUCGCGUCGCAGUGGCUGAGCGCCAGGCAGGUGGUGUGCGGUACCAAGUGCAACACGCUCUUCGUGGUGGACGUGCAGUCGGGCCACAUAACGCGCAUCCCCCUCAUGCGGGAUCGCGGGCCCCCGCCGGCCCGCGCCCAGCCGGGCUGUGGCAUCCAUGAUAUCCAGCUGAAUCCCUCCAAGACGCUGCUGGCCACCGGGGGCGAGAACCCCAACAGCCUGGCCAUCUACCAGCUGCCAACGCUGGACCCCACGUGCCUGGGCGACCGCCACGGCCACAAGGACUGGAUCUUUGCCAUCGCCUGGAUGAGCGACACGGUGGUGGUGAGCGGCUCCCGCGACGGCACCUUGGCACUCUGGAAGAUAGACCCCGACGUAUUCCGGGGCAGCAUCGCCUGGCACAACGACGCAGGGCUCCCCGUGUACGCCCACAUCCGUCCGUGGGAUGUGGAGAACAUCCCGAGAGCCAGCACUAACCCCAGUAACCGCAAGGUGAGGGCCCUUGCCUUCAGUGCCAAGAACCAGGAGCUGGGAGCCGUGUCCCUGGACGGCUACUUCCACCUGUGGAAAGCCCGGAAUACCCUGUCCAGGCUGCUGUCCAUCAGGCUGCCUUACUGCCGAGAGAAUGUGUGCCUGACCUACUGCGAUGAGGUGUCCCUGUAUGCGGUGGGCUCCCAGUCCCACGUCUCUUUCCUGGAUCCACGGCAGCGCCAGCAGAAGAUUCGGCCACUGUGCUCCCGCGAGGGCGGCACGGGUGUGCGUUCCCUGAGCUUCCAUGAGCACAUCAUCACCGUGGGCACCGGCCAAGGCUCUCUGCUCUUCUAUGACGUCCGCGCCCAGAAGUUCCUGGAGGAGAGGGCCUCGACCAGCCUGUACCCCUAUCUGGGGCACGCAGGGAGGAAGCUCAAGCUGACCUGUGGCAAAGGCUGGCUUAACCAUGAUGACCUGUGGGUGAACUACUUCGGUGGCAUCGAUGAGUUGCCCAAUGCGCUCUACACCCACUGCUACAACUGGCCGGAGAUGAAGCUCUUCGUCGCUGGCGGCCCUCUCCCUUCAGGCCUCCAUGGAAACUAUGCAGGCCUCUGGAGCUAA